CGGCGGAUUGGCACAAAUGCGCGACGAACGGCGCCGAACGCGGAUUGAGUUUUUGGACAUAUUAAACGAUAUUUACGCGCGGGGUUAUAGUGUAGUACCAAACGCGGCACAAAUGCCGCUUGCAAAUCAUAUACGUCCGUGAUAUUUUUAAGUGAAUAAUCAUCGAAAAUAGCGAUAGUGUAUCGAUAGUGUAUACGACAAGUGGUAUUAUCGUGAUUGGUGUAAGAAAGAACGCAGAGGACACAUCGAGAAAGAGCUGGACCAAACCUCGUAGAUUUUUACGUCUCUCUUUCUCUCUUUCUCUUCCUCUCUCUCUCUCUCUCUCUCUUUCUCUCUCUCUCUUUCUCUCUCUCUCAUUCCCUCUCUUUCUGUCUCUCUCUCUCUCUCUCUCUCAUUCCCUCUCUCUUUCUCUCUCUACUUUCUUAACACAAAGUUUUAGAAAAUCAAAUCAAAAAUGGGUUGCGCCUCGCAGUGUGCCAAGUACUUUUUGUGCUUCUUCAACUUCGUAUUUUUCGUCGCUGGCGGAGCAGCAUUGACCGUUGGUAUCUGGUUAUUCGCCGACAGGAACUCCUUCACGAACCUCAUCGCCAAACUCGAUCAGUCCGAUAUUCUGACUAAAACGGAUGCCGAUGUCAUAAGAAUGAUGUCUUACAUCCUGAUCAUUGCCGGUGCCCUCACGUUCAUCGUUAGCUUUUUAGGAUAUUGCGGAGCAAUGUUCGAAUCUAGAUGUCUCCUCUGUGUCUACGGCGUCCUUCUUUUAUUGGUUUUGGUCCUGGAAUCUGUGGUGGUUGGCCUUGCGUUUGGACUAAAAGGAGACGCGGAAAAGGGUACACAAAGUUUUCUGAAGUCAACGAUCAAGUAUUACGCAGCUAGCGUGGAUCAAACUGAAACCGUGACAGUCGCGUGGGAUGGUAUUAUGACCCAGCUCCAUUGUUGCGGUGUUGAAAGUUAUUUGGAUUUUCACGAAAGCACAAAUUGGACGACGACCAAUAAAGUGGUACCGGAAUCUUGUUGCAUAAAAGAGAACGGCGAAUUGAAGGAUCGUUCCUGUCCUCUCAAUCCUACGUCAUCGAAUUCUUAUUAUCAAACGGGUUGUUACAAAGCGAUAUUAACCGCGAUAGAAGAAAACGCCGUAAUAGUUAUAGGAGUUGCAGCUGGUUUGGCCUUGGUCGAAAUUCUGGUUAUUAUAUUGGCCCUAUACCUGGCAUGUAUCUACUGGCGUCCGCAACAUGCUUGCGUAGAUGUAUCAACAAGACAAGCCUGGUGAGAGAAGUGGUGAGAUGGGGGAUGUGAUGGUUUGGUGAAAUUUGGUUUCAAGUAAGAAGUGGUGAAGAUAUUGAUUGAACAAUUGACUCCUUUCCAUGCCUCUUCUUUAAACAAUGUCGAAUCUGUUGCCAAUUUUCUAAUUCUUAUAUUAUUUUUUUUAUGUAUAUUUUUCUUAAGGCAUGAUAUAGCUUUGCUUCAUAUCUUUGCAUGAUCAUGCUAUAAUCAACUAUACCAAAGUGGUGAUAGAGGCCUGAUUGCAUUGAAAAAAUAAUUAGACGAAUGACUAUUUCCUUUGAUAUGCUUAGUCACAUUUAAAAUUAAUCAUACCAAUUAAAUAAUUAUGCAAUCAUGCCUUGGGUUUCAGUUAUGGUUCAAAUGUAAUUUACUAUUUUUCAUUCGAUACGUAUUAUGUAUCUCUUUGAUAUUUCUUAGCACAAAUUACCAAGUAAACUGUAUGUAUAAUAUCUAAUUAAAUAAUUUUUAUAACAGAUAAGUAUUAUUACAAAGAAAAUG